UUGUUUUUUUUUAUUAAAAUAUUUAAAAUAAUUUUAAACCGCUACGUCACGGCGCUUCCAGCUGACGUCAUCUCUCCGCGGCAGCUCCAGAGCUAGCUAGCUUAGCGAGGUUACCCAGCGCGGCUGACGUCGGGAUUACCUGGCGGUUUUUCACCUGAUUCCCGGAGACACCAGGUGCGUCUCCCACAGAGCGUCCACCAUGACGGACAGCAAGCGCCUCGCCUUCUCCAUCAUCCAGUUCCUCCAUGACCAGCUGCGGGUCGGAGACCUGACCUCCGACGCCCAGGAGAGCCUGGAAGUUGCAGUCCAAUGUCUGGAGACGGCUUUUGACGUUUCCACGGAUGACCAGAGUCUGGCUGUUCCCAUGACGCUACCAGAGAUCUUUGCCUCGGUCACAGCCAAGUUCCCAGCUGAGUCCCAUGCCAACAACAACACAGCACCGAGUUCACCAACAGAAGAGCAGAAAGCCGAGGCAGAGCGGCUGAAAACUGACGGGAACGACCAGAUGAAGGUGGAAAACUUUGCAGCAGCCGUGGAGUUCUACUCCAAGGCCAUCGCCCUGAACCCUCAGAACGCCGUCUACUACUGCAACAGGGCUGCGGCAUACAGCAAGCUGGGGAACUACGCCGGCGCCGUGCAGGACUGUGAACGGGCCAUCAGGAUCGACCCGAACUACAGCAAGGCGUACGGCCGGAUGGGUUUGGCGCUGGCCAGCCUCAAUAAGCACACGGAGGCAGUGGGUUACUACCGGAAGGCUCUGGAGCUCGACCCGGACAACGACACCUACAAGACCAACAUGAAGAUCGCCGAGGAGAAGAUAGAGACGUCCAGCCCGUCGGCGGGUCUGGGAGGAAUCGACCUGGCUGGGUUGCUUAGCAACCCCGGCUUCAUGAACAUGGCGUCGACCCUCAUGAACAACCCUCAGGUUCAGCAGCUGAUGUCCGGGAUGAUGUCAGGCGCAUACGGCGUGGGAGCGACUGGGGGAGGUGGGGGGGUCAGCGGCAGCGGGGGGGUCAGUGGCGGUGCGGGAGCGGGAGGAGGAGGAGGAGGAGGAGGAGUGGGCGGAGGAGGAGGAGGAGGAGUGGGAGGAGCAGGAGUGGGCGGAGCAGGAGGAGCAGGAGUGGGCGGAGCAGGAGUGGGCGGAGCCUCAUCAGCUCAGGGACCAGCGGAUCUGUCCGGCCUCAUCCAGGCGGGGCAGCAGUUCGCCCAGCAGAUGCAGCAGCAGAACCCCGAACUCAUCGAACAGCUGAGGAGUCAGAUCCGCAACCGGACGCCCAGCGCCGGGAACGAGGAGCAACAGUGACGCUUCUGAACGGUUGGACAGGUUUGGUGGAGGCAGCAUCUGGUUUGAUUUCCUUUCUGAUUGGACUGUAAAACUCAAAGGACUUUAAGGAAAUGUUUUGUUUUCCAAUAACUGUGUAAUGGCAGCAUGAGCGAGUGUCGGCUUUGUUCAGGAACACCAACCCCUCUCUGCUCCUGCAGCUCUGUGUGUUUCUGCAGGGCAGCGUUUUCCACCAUCACACCUUCCACAGCUUCAAAUGUGUUUCAUUUCCUCUGGAAGCAGCAGACUGUAACUGAAGAAGCAUCUCUGCCUGUUUCUGGGUCUCUGGCUGGCUGAGAGGCAGUUUGAGCUCCGCUGUAAAUGAGAGUAGUUCCUCCACCUGGAGCUGCAGGAGCCGGGCUGUUUGACACCUGUAUUAAAAAGAGCAUCUCACCAUUUUA